CAAAACUUAAUCCACAUAAAAUAUUAUAACCAUGUCCAAGCGACGCAUUUGCUGCAUAGUUUCCGGAAUCAUCUUUGUCCUCUUCGUAAUCUUCAUGACCGCUUUGAUCCUUGCACAAGUGUUCAAACCAAAACAUCCGAUACUACAAACCGUCUCUUCAACUGUUGAUGGCAUAUCUACAAAUAUAUCACUACCAUACGAGGUCCAACUAAAUUUCACUCUUACGCUGGAGAUGCUGCUCAAGAAUCCUAACGUUGCGGAUUUUGAAUACAAGACAGUGGAAAACUUGGUUUAUUACAGGGAUACACUAGUCGGAAAUCUCACACUUCCUUCGAGCACAUUACCUGCCAAAGGUUCAGUGCUUUUGCCAUGUCCUCUAUUUCUCCAGCUCGAUAAAUUUGUCGCGAAUUUAGGUGAUAUCGUGCAAGAUGUAUUGCAUGGAAAAAUUGUGAUGGAGACAAGAGCAAAAAUGCCAGGAAAAAUCACUUUGUUGGGAAUCUUUAAGAUACCUUUGGAUUCAAUAUCGCAUUGCAAUCUCGUACUCGGCUUUCCUUCAAUGGUAGUGGAGGACCAAGUGUGUGAUCUCAAAACUAAGCUGUAAAUAGUUUUUUCAGGUAAACAUUUAGGCUUAAGAGAGCAGUUUAAUUCUAGCUAGUUUCCUGUAAUAAUAAAGAUUGUAGUGCUCUUGAUCGCUGUUCUUUAAUCAACUCCAUUUUUGUGAGUUCUUGAAAUUAAA